CAACUUGUUAAUUUCAACAAGUACAGAUCAUUAAAAAUCAAAAUAAUCCAACGAAAAAUAUAAUCCUUGUGUCUGGAUCAUGGAGGAAGAAAAAAAGCAUGUGCUCGACUGGUUUCGUAGAAUCGGAGGCACCACCCCCAACCAGGUGUCGCCGCAAAAACCCUUUAAGAAAACGAGCUUCCACAAGUGCGUCGACAGCUCCGUCAAGUACCGCAACAUGGGCAACAAGGUGUUCAGGGAGCCCAGACACGACGCCAAGUCGCACAUGCAAAUCUGGAGGUUUUACUCUUACAGCAUAGCCCAUGCUCCUCCGGGCUCCGAUCAUCUGGCUCUUGGCUAUGCAAACAGAUCUGCCCUUUUGCUGCACCUUAGAAAAUUCGAGGAGUGCAUCAGAGAUGUCGAUAGGACCUUGAAAAUAACCAAGUGUUGCGAACUCAAGGCUAAGCUGCUGUGCAGAAAGACCGAGUGUCUGGUUGCCUUGCAAGACGGUGGCUAG